CCUGGCGUGAGUUCGCGCGAGCGCGUCGCAUCGAGAGUCGCGCGAAUCUACACCGUCGGAAGCACGUUUUGUUGAAUCUUGCAGCCGAGAUUUAAUAGCGUGUCCUAUAGAUUCGUUCCCCUCCCCUCCGGAUCUCGUUUUCGCUAUCGCCUUUCUCUGGUUCCUUCUCGCCAUCCGCGCUCACGCACGCGGGACAUUAUGCUCGCGGCCGACGAUAGAAACGGCGUCCUUAUCAACGGUGAGGCUGCGAGCGAGUCCCGAUCAGCUGGCCGCCCGGAGAGCCUUUGACACCCUGGUGGUCAGACGGAACCUUUUAACGCGACACCACCACCAGUGGGAUCCAGUCGAUCGUAGGAGCGACUUGCGUCUUCGGAAGGUGCAACCGGGAACAUCUUUAUCCCCACCUCUCUCGCCUUCCUGCUUUCACAGCCUCUCGCAUCUCGUAUCCCGACCUAAAUCUCAUAGAUCUCAUUGUUCACACGGAUCUCUCACCCUCCCGUGCGAGAACUAUUCUCGCGAAUGGAGUGUCGAUCGUGAUCUCGCAAGUGUGAAUUUUCUCGGUGCAAAAUAAGAUCUCUUUCUCCCCGCUCAUCCUCCCGUCUCCCCCUCGUCUUUCUGUCUGUCUCCUCGGAAACAAAUUGUCUCCACCUCUUCUUUUCAUUUGGCGCCGCCGGGAAUCUCGAUAGCGCUUGGAAUCGAAUUCGAGAGUUCUCCGCGGGGGAGAGAUGGAAGCCGCCGUCGGUUUGAACCAGACGCGGGGUUCGACACCGAUGCGACAGCGGUGAGCGGGACAAUGCGCCAUUAAGAACGACCGUAAAGCUACGAAAGGGCAUCGAGAAAGAGAAAGAGGGAGAGAAAGAGAGAGAGAGAAAUUAUGCCGGACAAAAAUCCCGGCUGCCGAAAUGGACACCGCGAAAACAAAGAUUUCCUUGCCGGCGAAAUAUCAUCCAUCGGCAUGUCGUUGCGGCCCAGCGGGAGCGCAUCCUCCGGCAUCUCGACCCUCGCGAGUUGCGGCGAGGUGGAUGCGCUACCCGAGCUGCCGGCGCAAGAUGAGGAACGUCUGCAGCGCGCUGCGCGUCUGCUGCAGCAGAGACUGGUGCUACGUCAAUGGCUGAUGGACCAUGGCCUACAUAAUUACUAUCAAAAGUUGAUGCAAAUGGAAGUUAUGUCCCUGGAGGAUGUAUACUGGGUGGAGGACAAUGCGGCACGGACGGCCCUUGGCAAGGAUCUACCACGGUGGACCCAGGCUAGGCAGACGUUACCUACUUCAAAAGAAGAUUUGGAAACUCUCAAAGCGGAUCUGUGGAGUGCCGUUGUAAAGAACAGCCAACACCAGGAUGCUUGGACAUGGGGCGGUAUGCUGGUAGUUUCCGUGUCGGUGGCAGGGCUGGUUACCCUGGCUGCUAUGACGCAGCCCGCUCUGGCACCCGAAGCGAAACACUCUCUUCUGCAGUACGUCACAGGGAAAUAUUUAUUGCCGAGUAACUGCCGCGUUCAUUUCGAGUGGGAAGAGCCUCAGCUGGUCGGCGAAACGAUGACUUUUACGGUUAAAUUUUAUCAGCGCAACGGUCAGCCAUACCCGAUAUGUGACAAGGAUAAUUUGAUCGUGGAGGUAACGGAGGAUACGCGCAGAGUAGCUACGCUAAUAGAACUAGGAGGCACCGACCCCUUAGCUGCAAAUACUGCAGUAGUAAAGUUUACUGUCCGCCAUGCGGGACAAUAUCGAAUAGCUGUACUUAUCGGAUCGUGUCACGUUCAUGGCAGCCCGUUUCUUAAGAAUUUUCUUCCUGGUCCACCAGAUCCAAACAAGACGGUCUUUGUACGACAAAGUUCUACGGUCGUUUGUACAGCUGGGAUAGCCCAUUCGAUGACAAUAGAGCCACGUGACGAAUAUGACAAUCUGUGCAUAUUUGGGCCUGGAGAGCAGCCUACAGAAGGUUAUAACGUCAAUAUUACCCAGAUCGGUAGCUUAGUAGAUAAAGGCUCGAUGGUAGACUGUAGUAUUCAACUCGAUUACGAUUCUUCAAACCAAAGAAUUCGUUUGAAAGUGAGCUUUCCGAAAGGCGGAUGCUAUCAUGCAACUGUUAGCUUGGCAGGAUUGCAGCUGCAUAAUGGGGAUUUCGAUAUCAUUGUGCUCGAGAAUUCUGUCGCGAGAAUGGUGCAUAAUAACGUAGCGUCCAAGGAUCCUGAUAUCUGUUAUGUCGCAAAGUUGCUGGGCAUGCAAGGAGAAAGAUUUUCUAAACCAAAGAAGGUCUUCUGCUUCAUCUCGCCUAAGCAGCUUACGAUUAAGGAGUAUUUAUUAAAAUUUAUUCCCAAAAGACUCGUGACAUUUAGACUGUGUCCGUCAACUAAGUUCCAUUUUGAAAAUUCGACUAAUCAGCACGAGGGAUACUACCCUUUUUCGAUAGACGACGGAUGUCAACCUCCGGUUGAACUGAUAUCUCUGUACCGUGAUAUAAUAGCCGCCACUUUCACCUUGUUUCUCUUGAAAAACAUCGGCGGCAGUGAAACGUUCGCUGACAAGCAAGACUUUUUCUAUCACGAAGUCCGCAAGCAUCACCAAAAGCAUUAUCACGAGAAACUCUCGAUGAAAGUGCAACGUGAUAAGCUUCUGGAAUCGUCUAUGAAAGCUACUAAAGGAUUUUCAGUGAGCGAUUGGUGUCGAAACUUUGAAAUCACUUUCCAAGGCGAACAAGGCGUUGAUUGGGGCGGCGUGCGACGUGAAUGGUUCGAAUUGAUAUGUGCCGCACUGUUCGAUCCGGGGAAUGGUUUAUUCGCGUCGUUUGGGGAAUCGCAACAGGCAUUGGUGCAUCCAAAUCCCAAACGACUGCCGCAUCUUAAAUUGAAGCACUAUGAGUUUGCCGGGCGUAUUGUAGGCAAAUGUCUGUACGAGUCAGCGCUUGGCGGCUCCUACCGUCAGUUAGUACGCGCGCGAUUCACCAGAUCAUUCCUUGCACAGAUUAUAGGACUUAGAGUGCAUUACAAGUACUUCGAACAAGAUGAUCCCGAUCUGUAUCUAAGUAAGGUGAAGUAUAUUCUCGAGAAUGACGUUGAAGAAAUGGAAUUGUACUUUGUUGAAGAAGAAUACGAUAAGGACGGACAAUUGUUGAAGGUGGCAGAAUUAAUUCCCGGUGGUAGUAAAGUGCGAGUGACCAAUGACACGAAGCUUCGUUACCUUGACGCGCUCGCUCAGCACCGACUUGCCAGUUCCAUCCGCAACGAAGUCGACCAUUUCUUGCGUGGUCUCAACGAACUAAUUCCCGACAACCUUUUAGGAAUAUUUGAUGAGAAUGAAUUAGAGUUGCUGCUGUGCGGAACCGGCGAGUACAGCGUGGCAGAUUUACGCGCGCAUCACAUAGCUAACGGAAGUUCCCCGGAAUUUCUCCGAGUGCUCGACUGGUUCUGGACGGCGGUGAGCAAUUUUACGCAGGAGGAGAUGGCACGAUUGCUCCAGUUUACCACGGGCUGCUCGCAAUUGCCGCCCGGUGGAUUUCAACAAUUAAGUCCUCGAUUUCAGAUUACGGCCGCACCAACGUUCGCUAAUUUGCCCACGGCACACACCUGCUUUAACCAACUCUGCUUACCUGAUUACGAGUGCUACGAUCACUUUGAACGAGCGUUGCUGUUGGCGAUCAGCGAGGGCACCGAAGGUUUCGGCAUGAUCUAGUCGAAAAACCGUAGGAUCCAUCAAACUUCUAGUCUGACUAGAACUGCUGAUCCAUUUAUGUAUCCAUUUUUUCUUCGAUAGAUGAAACUCGUCUUUGACGAUAAAGAAACUACGUUUUUUCAAUAAUAGAUCCUAUUACGAGUUUGUCCCAUAGUAUCUUCCUGCCGAUAACGUGGUCAGGAAGAGGGGAUAACUUUAUCGCACGUUUUGAUAUGUAGUCGAUUAGAAUUUUUGGAAUUACAUAUUUCUGUUUACGCCGAAGACUAUCAGGAACAAUCUAAUCUUCCGACGAUGUAGACGAUGCAAUUUCUACUCAGCCGCGGCGACGUUUUUAUAAAACGGAGGAUAUUCAGCAAGAGCAAUGUUACCUCAACAUCAGAAUUGCUCAAUAUUAUUGUAUCGAGAUUUAGCGUAGCCAAACUUACGGUAUAGAUUUUACGUGAACAUAAAGAGAAUCACAUUAACGCGUUCCUCGAACGACGAUGUAGCUAACGUCGCUGUACAAGGACGUACGAUUAAACAAAUCAAAAUACGCAUUCAUUUUCUUUUUGCAGUGUUGUUAUACGUACCGAGAUUGAUGUAUUUGAAUGAAGGGAUCACUGCAAUAGCAUUGAACAUUCCGUUAAUCAGUAUUGAAAUACAUUCUGUCACAGAGCAUGUGAUUUCAGGAAAAACUUAAGUACGAUGAAUAACGAGGCUAAGAUAUAUUGAAGCUUUGCGCUAGUCCAGUUUUUUUUUUACCCAUAAUAACAGCACAGGCGAUUAUACGGUACUUCCAACGUCGACGAUGGCGGAUGUAAUGUAAGCCAAUUAGUAUGUACAUCCAGUACAAAAUAUGAUUGUAUUCUGACACUACAUCUAUUUCUUAUCGACGCAAAAUACUCGCGAUAUAAUAAGCAUGAUUACCUAGUCAUAACAAAAUACUGCGAUCAUACUGUGAGCAUCGCAUUCUGGUAUACGUAUUUAUUUAAUCUGCAAUGACAUGUACUUAUAUUAAAUAGAGAAGGAAUAGUAUGAAACGUAGUAAUCGCCAUAGCAGACUAUUCGUUGCGAAAUAAUAAUGGACGAAUGGCCAACGAUCGUAACCGUAAUACUACGCCUCGCAAUAGCAAGAAAUUAACCGCCUCGCCAGAUUAUCUACCAUCAAAUAAUACUGACGGUAAUUUAUUUUUAUCAGUUUGUCAUUAUGUGAAGAAAAAGAAAUAUAGAUGAAAAAGGUAUAUAAUA